AUGUUGACUUCCGCCGCCUCCGCACCCACUACAAAGUCGGAACCCCCAACCGCACCAUCGAGCGUUGGUGCCGUGACACGUGGCAGUCUGCCGCUCCCGAGUCGGUCUUCCUUAGUUAAGGGGGUUCCGGUUUCUGCCGGUGGUGAUGAGACGGCCAUGAAUUCUGUCCCUCUUCCGCGUCUCGUCGAACGUGACGCCCUCGAACCUGCGCCACACCAUACCGCCGCCGACCUCCGUGUCCUUGAAAUCCUUCGACGAGCCCGUGACUGUGCCGCAGAUCUGGAAUUAGAAUCACAGGGUAAGAUCGACCUUGCACUUGGUUUCUUUUCAACGUCUAUCUCUGCCUCUACCUCCUUUUUGUGA